GUGUUCUCCACUAUAAAAUAAGACAAACCUUAUCCUUGUCUCAGCACCUUACUUCCUUUUCUUGGAUUCCAUUGAGCAUUCAAUAAUACAGAGAGAAGAGAAAAAAGUGAGUGAGGAAAAAAAAAUGGCAGAAAACAAAGAAGAAGAUGUUAAUCUUGGAGCAAACAAGUACAGAGAGACUCAGCCAUUGGGGACAGCUGCUCAAACAGACAAGGAUUACAAGGAGCCACCACCAGCUCCUCUGUUUGAACCAGGGGAAUUGUCAUCAUGGUCUUUUUACAGAGCUGGAAUUGCUGAGUUUAUGGCUACUUUCUUGUUCUUGUACAUAACAAUCUUGACUGUUAUGGGGCUUAAAAGGUCUGAUAGUUUGUGUUCUUCUGUGGGUAUUCAAGGAGUUGCUUGGGCUUUUGGUGGUAUGAUCUUUGCUUUGGUUUACUGUACUGCUGGUAUCUCAGGAGGACACAUUAAUCCAGCUGUGACAUUUGGUCUGUUCUUGGCAAGGAAACUGUCUUUAACAAGGGCAGUGUUCUAUAUAGUGAUGCAGUGCCUUGGUGCCAUCUGUGGUGCUGGUGUUGUGAAGGGUUUCAUGGUUGGACCCUAUGAGAGACUUAAUGGUGGUGCUAAUGUUGUUAGUCCUGGUUACACUAAAGGUGAUGGACUUGGUGCUGAGAUUAUUGGCACUUUUGUCCUUGUCUACACUGUUUUCUCUGCCACUGAUGCCAAAAGAAGUGCUAGAGAUUCACAUGUUCCUAUUUUGGCACCUCUUCCAAUUGGAUUCGCGGUGUUCUUGGUUCAUUUGGCCACCAUCCCAAUCACCGGAACUGGUAUCAACCCCGCCAGGAGUCUUGGAGCUGCUAUCAUCUACAACCAAGACCAGGCAUGGGAUGACCACUGGAUCUUCUGGGUUGGACCAUUCAUUGGAGCAGCUCUUGCUGCAGUUUACCAUCAGAUAAUCAUCAGAGCUAUUCCAUUCAAGAGCAGCAGGUCUUGAAGAGUUGAAGAUACAACCUUUUAUCUUAUCAUUUUCCCUGUCUGGUGCUGUUGUUUAUUGCGAUUUUUCUACUUUUCAGAUGUCAAUUAUGUGUGUAAAUUAUCAGGUUUAAUGCUUGUAUCUAAAGCUUUCUUUCUCUAAAUCAAGUGAAAGAUUCUUAUUCCAUGAA